ACACACAGCGUUAUAUUUAUAUAUCAUUAAACGAUACUUCAGAGGGAUACUGAACAUUUCUCGCACUUACAUCUUCAGUUGUUUGUUUAAACGACUAAUUCUUUAAAAAUGUCAAGUGAACCACCAUCUUUGUUUCUGUGGGGAACAAUACAGAAUUCUUCACCUGCUCAUGAAGACGGUGUUCUCAUGGAAAGCAGAUCAUCCGGUGAUCUUGCAAGAAAUACGGCCGGGGUUGACCCAUUUUGCCGCAAGCAGUGGGCAUCCCAGUCAUUGAGGGUCACCGCCAAGGAGCUGUCGAUCGUCUCUCCUGGGGGGAAAAACAACGCCAUCGCAGAGCGCUUCUCCAAGUACCAGAUGGCAGCAGAAGAGGGCAGUGCAGAGAAAAAGAAAGUGGCGGAAGAACCAUUGCCCUCAUCGCUUCGCAGUGGGAAUCUGAGUGUUUUAAAAAAACACUGGGAGCAGCAGCAGCAGCACCAACUGCUGAGUGUCGGUGCCACACCCAACAUCUCCACUAUCCGCGAAACCCACCUCAGUCAAACAGGUGCUAAACCGAGACCCAUGCAACAGAUUGAGACCCCACUAGACAUCACGAAAAGCCACAAGCUCCAGGAGGAGGACCAAGAUACUGAGUUUGAAGCACAGACUGAUCAAGCCAAGGAGCAGACAGACAUGGAGCCCAAGGCCAACAGAGAAGCCGAGGAGCAAGACGGAGCAGUAGCAGAAGUGCCGGAUUCGGAAAGGCCUAGCGUUCCCCUCAACAACCUGAAGAUGAUCUUCGAGAAGGGAGAGGCAGACAAGGAAUCCAAAGAGCAAUCAAGUCAAGGAAGCGGUGCUUGCACAGCUAACAUGGACCAGCUUUUAGGAGAUGGAACUCUUGCAGAGUCGACCCCUCUCCGGGAUAGAAUGGCGCUCUACCAAGCUGCCAUCUCCAAACAGGACAUCACUCCCGCCUCAGUCAGUACUGACCUGCAGGAUACUUUCUGUAGCAAACAGAAGGAGAAUGUUCCCCCGUUCUCCUUGGAUAUGAGUCCAGAUUCUGAGCCAAACGGCAGAAAAAGUUUUAGUGCAGAGAGCAACGGUUCUGGUCCUGGCAGUGCUGCAUGUUCUCCUGCCAAAACUCCAAGGAAUUUCCGUCUGCCGGUAAGGGAGACCUGCGUGUCCUGUCAGAAGACAGUCUACCCCCUCGAGAGGCUGGUGGCCAAUCAGCAGAUUUUCCACAGCGCCUGCUUCCGCUGCUGCCACUGCAACACCAAACUGAGUUUGGUCAACUACGCUUCCCUGCACAACAACGUGUACUGCAAGCCACACUUCUGCCAGCUCUUCAAGGCCAAGGGCAACUAUGACGAGGGCUUUGGCCACCGGCCCCACAAGGAGCUGUGGGAGAGCAAAGGUGAGGCGGGGGACAUCAUGUCACCACAGCCCAAUUCUUACAUCAAGACCCCCUCUCCUGCCUCUGAGCUGGAGAGCCCCAGUGUGGAGGACUCCCCUCUAGCCAAGGUAAAUGUCCUCACGGCCACCAUGGAGGCUUUGGGACAAGGAUCCCCGGAGAAGACAGACAGACCCACGGAAACGCGCAGGCUGAAAAUCUCCUGGCCGCCGCAGCCAGAAGGCGACACCAGCCAUAAUGGAGCUACAGUGCACGCCGACGGAGGCUCUGCCACCAAGCCUAUCCGUGCAAAAUGGCCCCCAGAGGACGACUCUGCCUCCUCGUCAGCCGAACAAAGCAAAGGAUCUUCCUGCCUGCGGAGGAGCUCGUCCUUAAAGGAGCGCUGCAUUCCCUUUACGCUGAUGGGCCAAGCUGAAUGUGCACCUGCUGCUGACCCAAAGAAAGUGGACCGAGUGCAGGCGGAGGCCCAGAACAUGGAGCUGCAACAUGGAGAACCUUCACCGGACAACUACACGCCUACUGAGGAUAGCUGUGUGGACGUGAGCAGCACUGGAGAGGAGGGGGAAGACAUGACUGACAGGGAUGCAGAAGACAUGGAAGAAGAAGAUGAGCUGUUGGAGAAGGAAGGUCAGGAGAUGGGGGAAGAGGAGGGCAAAGACAGGCCAGAGAAUCGUGUCCACUAUGAGGACGAUGAGGUAGACCAAGCUCAUCAGGAGCAGGUGGAGGAGCAAAUGGAUGAGGAAGAUGGCGUUUUGGAGGAGGAGAUGCCCGCUACCAAACACGAGACGUCUUCUACUGAAGAUGAUGAUGAGGUAGUGGAGGCCAGCAGGUCGCCACAGGAUGUGGGCUUCUGGGAGGAGGAGGAAGUGGAGGACAAGGCGGAGCAAGAGGCGCUGAGCGUGGAGGAAAUGAUCAAGCGAAACCGCUUCUAUGAUGACGGGGAAGAGGAAGAGGAGGAUUUCUAAAGAUGGCCGCCUUGUCGCAUGUGUUGAUGGUGAACGCUACUGAGCUCUUGAACUGUGCCUCCUUUCUACAUUCAAAGCCAUUCCAACGGUAUUUUUACUGUCCUUUGUUCCUCUCACCUUUUUAUCUUACCAUAUUUAAAGCACACCUAUUAUGAAUGUUGUUCAAUACAAAGCCCAAAGAUAGGAAUUAUUUAACACCAACUUAAAUGUGGCCCAAAAGAGCUUUUAAGAUACUAUGAGAACUAUUAUUUUUCAAUUGGUUUGAUUUUUAAACACAAGCAUUCCUCAAGAAAUGACCAUUGACACUCUGUGUGCAUUUCCAAAACCAUUUGGUAAACAUUUAUGACUAAACAAUCUGGUUUGAAUGUACUGUUUUUAAACCAAGCGUGCAAAAGUUAUCUUAUUUUGCUACUGUUUGAAUAAAUUGUGUACAAAA